GUAAUAGCUCGAGCAGGAAAUCGUCCUCCGCCGAACCGAGCAGGCCAUUUUGAUGGUGGUAUACCUGUUGGCACUGGCCGUCAAAUAACUCAAGAGAUGUUUAUUCCUGGUGCAAAAUGUGGUCUCGUAAUUGGAAAAGGAGGAGAAACAAUCAAAAAUAUUCAGGAGCAAACUGGUGUUAAAAUGGUUAUGAUACAAGAAAACCAAGAAAGUGGAGGACAACCAAAACCUUUGCGUAUUACUGGUGAUCCUGAAAAAGUAGAGAAUGCUCGAAGAAUGGUUGAAGAAAUUUUGCAAUCGCGUGAAGACCAUCCGCCUGGACAUUUUGGUUUCCCUGGAUCAUUCGGAAUGAGCGGUGGACAGCGUUCGAUUGGCGAAGUAAUUGUUCCUCGUGCUUCGGUUGGAAUGAUUAUUGGAAAAGGUGGAGAGACGAUUAAGCGUCUUGCUGCUGAAUCAGGAGCUAAAAUCCAGUUUAAACCUGAUGAUGAUCAGACAGCGCAAGAACGAUGUGCUGUCAUUCAGGGCACUGCUGAACAGAUUGCAAAAGCGACGCAGUUCAUUUCCGAACUCGUCAAAAAGAGUGGUGCUGCAGGUGGUGCGGAGAUGUUCUACAUGCACGUUCCAUCGAACAAAACGGGAUUGGUAAUUGGUAAAGGAGGAGAAACUAUUAAACAGAUAUGUGCGGAAAGUGGAGCACAUGUUGAAUUAUCACGGGAUCCGCCGCCGAAUGCAUCCGAGAAAGUUUUUAUUAUAAAAGGAACACCUUAUCAAAUCCAUCAUGCACAACAUAUUAUUCGUAUCAAGGUUGGUGAUAUUGCUCCAGGAACGCCAGUACCACAGUUUCAUGGACAGGGUGGUCCAGGAGCUGGUGGUGAUGCAUUUGUAGUUGGACAUAACACUGUAUCAAGUGCUUCUCAAGGAUAUGGUAAUGGUAACGCACAAUUUGCUGGCGUUGGCAUUGGUGGCCAAGCAGGAGCGCAAUGGAACACCACUUUUGGUCAUCAGCAAAGUGAUCCCGGACAAGCUGCUUGGAAUCAGCAGUAUUACGGACAACAAGGACAACAGCAACCUGGUUAUCAGCAGGGGGCGUACGCUACCCAGUAUCAGCAACCAGCACAACUGCAACCACAACCAGCGCAGACAAGUGCAGCUCCAGCAGUAAAUCCGCAAACAGGUCAACCUGAUUAUAGUGCACAGUGGGCAGAAUAUUAUCGUAGCAUGGGUAUGCAUGAACAGGCAGCCGUUAUCGAAAAUCAGCUGAAGCAAAAUGCUGCUGCUGCUGCUGCUGCUGUUGCUGCGCAACAACCAGCUGUACAAGCAAGACCUCAACAACCGGGAUAUGGCGCUUAUGGUGCUCAGCCAAUUACAGCACAAAAUCAGUUCAGUUACGGAACACCGCAAGCACAGCCUCAGGGUGGUUAUCAAUUCCAACAACAAUAUUAA